AUGCCUAAAGUAAUCUCCAAUCACUCCAUAACCCUACCACUUCUCUUCUUCCUCCUUUUCUCCUUUCCUUUCAUAUUACCCUCCAAACAAACAACACUCCCCAACACAGACAAAACCACCAAAAAGGACAUCAGCUGGUGGUGCCACACCGCGCCCCACCCAGGCCCUUGCAACCGCCUGAUCACGGCCAAAUCCGAGCCCUUAUCCAUCGACGAGUUCCGUUCCCUAACCAUCCGGGCCGCCCUGGCCCGGGCCACCGAGGCCCGGGCCCAUGCCGCUCGGCUCGGCUGCCGCAGCAAGAGCAGACGCAGAAAGCUCGUGUGCCGGGAAUGCAUCGGCCUCCUAGACGACACGAUCGCCCAACUAACCGCCGCUUUGCGGAGGACCUCUGCGGGCCCCGACGCCCAGACCCUCGCAGCCGGUGGGGCCCACUCGGGAGGAUUCGGGACGUUCCCCGGGUGGGUGACGAGGAGGGAGCGGAAGCUGAUUAUGGGUGGGGAUGCUGAGCUGGCAUUGAGGGAGGGGGUGGUGGUGUCGAAGGAUGGGAAGGGGCAUUUCGGGACGGUGCAGGAGGGGAUAGAGUAUGCGGUGGGGAGGAGGAGGAUCGGGGAGGAAGGGAGGGUGGUGGUUUACGUGAGGAGAGGGGUGUACGAGGAGAACGUGGUCGUGAACCGGACGAUGGCAAACGUGACGUUGGUGGGGGAAGGGGUGAGGUACACGGUGAUCACGGGAAAUAGGAGCGUGUUGGACGGGUUCACGACCUAUAGCUCCGCCACCGUGGGAGUGGACGGCCCCGGGUUCAUGGCCCGCGGGAUCACAUUCCGCAACACAGCGGGUCCCAACAAGGGCCAGGCGGUGGCCCUCCGCUCGGCCUCCGACCUCUCGGUCUUCUACGCAUGCGCAUUCGAGGGCUACCAGGACACCCUCUACGUCCAAUCCCAACGCCAGUUUUACAAGUCGUGCCUCAUCUACGGUACCAUAGACAUCAUCUUCGGCAAUGCAGCCGCCGUCCUCCAGAACUGCGUCAUCUACGUCCGCCGACCCCUCCCGGGCCAGGCCAACAUGGUGACAGCCCAGGGGCGGGGCGACCCGUUCCAGAACACGGGCAUAUCCAUCCACCGCUGCAGGGUCGUGCCCGACCCGGACCUGAGGCCCGUAUUCGGGUCAUUUAGGACGUAUUUGGGUCGGCCUUGGCAGCAGUACUCGAGGACCGUGGUCAUGAAGACCUAUCUUGAUGAGCUGGUGGCGCCUGAGGGGUGGUCCGCUUGGGGUGACUCCGAUUUUGCCCUGGCCAGUUUGUAUUAUGGGGAGUAUCGGAAUUUUGGGCCGGGGGCGGACAUGGGGGGUCGGGUAAGGUGGCCCGGUUACCGUCGGAAUAUGAGCGUGGAGGAGGCAGCCCGAUUCUCGGUGGCGGGACUUAUUGCGGGCCGGGAGUGGCUGCCGGAGACCGGCGUGCCUUUCACUGCUGGGCUUACUCUAGCAAAUAUGGAGCUCAAACUCAAACUCCUAGCCCUCACCCUCCUUUCUCUCUCCUCUCUCUUCCCCUCAGCAAGCCCGAAACCCACACCCAACAUCGCCUCAUGGUGCGACCAAACCCCAUACCCCGACCCAUGCAAGUACUUCCUCUCCCACAAGCCCUUCACCCGGCCGCCAGCUCAAAAUAAGUCCGACUUCCGCAAGCUGGCCGUCCGGCUGGCGCUCGAGCGCGCUGUCCUCGCUGGCGGCCACGCCAAAUCCCUUGGCCCCGAGUGCCGCGACGCGCGUGAGCGUGCCGCGUGGGCCGACUGUGUCCAGCUGUACGACAACGCCGUCGCGCACCUCAACCGGACUGCGGACCCCACCAUCCGAUGCACGGAGUCCGACUCGCAGACGUGGCUGAGCGCGGCCCUCACCGACCUCGAGACGUGCCGCAACGGGUUUGUCGAGCUCGGCGUCCCGGACCACGUGCUCCCCCUCAUAUUGUCCAACAACAACGUCUCGAAACUCAUAUGCAACACGCUGGCUCUCGGGAGCAGCACCAACUCGAGCAGCACGGCAGUCGGCAGCUACGGGUUCCCGGCGUGGGUCCCGCCGGGAGACAGGCGGAGGCUACUGCAGGCGGGGGUGAGGCCGAACGUGGUGGUGGCGCAGGAUGGGUCGGGAAACUUCCGGACGAUCCGGGAAGCUUUGGAUGCGGCGGGAAGGAGGAGCGGGAGCGGCCGGUUUGUGAUCCAUGUGAGGAGAGGGGUUUAUAGGGAGAAUUUGGAGAUUGGGAAUAGUUUGAGGAACAUCAUGUUGGUUGGCGAUGGGAUGAGGGAUACCGUUGUUACGGCCGUGACCGGGUCGGGUUUCAUCGCCCGCGGCGUCACCUUCCGCAACACGGCCGGCCCGCAGAACCACCAGGCAGUAGCCCUGCGGUCGGGCUCCGACCUCUCAGUCUUCUACCGUUGCGCGUUCGAGGGAUACCAAGACACACUCUACGUCCACUCCCAGCGCCAGUUCUACAGAGAGUGCUACGUUUACGGCACAGUCGACUUCAUCUUCGGCAAUGCAGCCGCCGUCCUCCAAAACUGCAUGAUCCUUCCCCGCCGCCCUAUGAACGGCCAGCAAAUCGCCGUCACUGCUCAGGGCAGAACCGACCCCAACCAAAACACCGGCAUAUCAAUCCACAAUUCACGGGUCGUGCCCGCUGCCGACCUGGCCCCCGUGGUCGGGUCGGUUCGAGUCUACCUGGGUCGACCCUGGAAGGAGUACUCAAGGACCGUCUUCAUGCAGACGUACCUCGGCUCGUUUAUUGACCCAGCUGGAUGGCUCGAGUGGGAUGGGAAUUUCGCGCUCAACACGUUGUAUUAUGGGGAGUAUAGGAACACGGGCCCGGGCUCGGGCACAGCCCGUAGGGUGCGGUGGAGGGGUUAUCGGGUCAUCACGAGCCCCGCGGAGGCAGGGAGGUUUACAGUGGGGAGCUUUAUUGCUGGGCGGUCGUGGCUGCCGGCUACUGGCGUGCCAUUCACGGCGGGGCUUUGAGUCAUAAUAAAUUUAUAUUGUGUAAUUGCGAAUCAUUCUUUUGAUUAUCAAUUUAUUUAGUUCGUUAUUCUUUGCUUAUAUGUAUAUGCAUCCUGGUCAAUAAUCAAUUCCUUGUAGUUGGUUAUAUUAGGAAUGUUGUUGAUUUUUCUUGAGUUUUAUGUAAUAAAAGUUUAUUAUUCAAAUAUAUUAUCUGUGUCUAUUUCUG